GAUCAAAGAUGGGGCAGGAGUGUGACUGGGUUUCAGUAUCCCCAUCGGUGUUCUCUCCUCCAACUCUUUCUCUUCCAGGUCUAGCAUGAGGACCAUGUGGAAGUUUCUGAACCCGGGGAGCCUGAUGCUGGGCGGUGGGGCUCGUGGAGGGUAGAGGGAGCAAUAGAAUAUUUUCCCAGGCUAACGCCGGCCCCUCCCUGUCCUCUGGACUGAAAUGGGGAACACACUGGGCCUGGCGCCCAUGGGGACUUUCCCCCGCCGGAGCCCCCGCCGAGAGGAACCGCUGCCUAACCCUGGAAGCUUCGAUGAGCUACAUCGACUAUGCAAAGAUGUGUUCCCAGCACAAAUGGAGGGAGUGAAGCUCGUUGUCAACAAGGUUCUGAGCAGCCAUUUCCAGGUGGCUCACACUGUGCACAUGAGUGCCCUGUCCUUGCCAGGCUAUCAUCUCCAUGCAGCGUAUGCAGGAGACUGGCAGCUUAGCCCCACAGAGGUGUUUCCCACUGUGGUAGGAGAUAUGGACAGCAGUGGCAGUCUCAAUGCCCAGGUCCUGCUUCUGUUGGCAGAACGGCUUCGAGCUAAAGCUGUCUUCCAGACACAGCAGGCCAAAUUCCUGACAUGGCAAUUUGAUGGCGAGUAUCGAGGAGAUGACUACACAGCUACUCUGACCCUAGGAAAUCCUGACCUGAUUGGAGAAUCAGUGAUCAUGGUCGCUCACUUCCUACAGAGUCUCACUCAUCGGCUGGUGCUGGGAGGAGAGCUAGUUUAUCACCGCAGGCCAGGCGAAGAGGGAGCCAUCUUGACUCUGGCUGGAAAGUAUUCAGCUGUACAUUGGGUAGCUACAUUGAAUGUGGGAUCUGGUGGGGCCCAUGCAAGUUAUUACCACAGGGCAAAUGAACAGGUUCAAGUUGGAGUGGAGUUUGAAGCAAACACAAGACUACAGGACACAACCUUCUCCUUUGGUUACCACCUGACUUUGCCCCAGGCCAACAUGGUGUUUAGAGGCUUGGUGGAUAGUAAUUGGUGUGUAGGUGCUGUGCUGGAGAAGAAGAUGCCCCCCCUUCCUGUCACCCUAGCACUUGGAGCUUUCCUCAAUCACUGGCGCAACAGAUUCCAUUGUGGCUUCAGCAUCACUGUGGGCUGAAGUUGUCCCAGAACCAGCCCCCACAGCAGCUGGAACCUCUGAGUCAGGUGCCUGAGGGCCAGAGACUAGGCCCCUCUCCAAAGCCCACCUUGCUGGGUGACUUCUAGGUCCCAGAAGCAGAGUGGGGGACAGGAUCAUGUCCUCCUCAGAACUGGAGCUGCCAGAAGGUCAGCUGAUGAGGCUGUGGUUUGAAGCUCCCACUUCCGCCACCAGCUGCACUAUCAUCUUCCAUAUGCUCUUAUGGUUCUGGACUAAAGGAGGAGUAAGGUGUAUGUCUGGAUAAAUUUGCCCCCUUCCAUAUUUUCCAUUGGAUUAAAGCUCCUAACCUUUC